ACUCCCUAGUACAAGUGUCAACCCAAAACGUUGUCGUUUUAAUGCGAGGCUCUGUAUCAAAUCCUCUGCAUCAACCCAACCUUCGUCAACAACCAUGGCUGCAAUGCUGAAGCCGGCCUCUCUCAACCCCUUCCGCUUCCAUUUCCAAGAAUUGCCUCUCAUAGACUGCACUUUGAUCCGCCCCAAUCUCAAAGAUUCUCGAAAUUUCCAGUUUAAUUUGUGCCUAAACCGCUCAAAGAAUGGAUCUGUUCUUCCCAUUGUCAGAGCUCAGAGCUCUCCAGAUUAUACCCCAGACGCGCAGUUUUACAAAGUUGAAGCGAUCCUGAGGCCCUGGCGAAUCCAGCAGGUUUCUUCGGCUUUGCUGAAAAUGGGUAUUCGUGGUGUUACUGUUUCUGAUGUCCGAGGCUUUGGUGCUCAAGGCGGUUCUCCUGAAAGACAGGCAGGCUCUGAAUUUUCUGAGGACAAAUUUGUUGCUAAAGUUAAAAUGGAGAUUGUGGUGAGCAAAGACCAGGUUGAAGCAGUAAUUGACAAGAUCAAUGAGGUGGCAAGGACUGGAGAGAUUGGUGAUGGCAAGAUCUUUUUGGUGCCCAUAUCGGAUGUGAUAAGAGUUCGGACCGGUGAACGUGGAGAGCUGGCUGAGAGGAUGACGGGUGGGCGAACUGAUAUGUCCACUACAACACCGCCUGCUUGAGUCCAAAUAUGACCGGUUCGGUCUCAGAAUGCAACCUUUCUUUCCAGUAUCUACCUCAGGAAAAGACCACCGCGACCUGAUGCUUUUUCCUUCUUAAAUCAUGUCAUAAGGUAGGAAAAUAAAAGGGAAAAACUAGUGAUGUGGAUUCUCAUCUUUUCAUUGAAAACCAUAAUCGUUAGAAAUUUGGAGAAGUUGCUACUCCUCUGGUUCUGUUCCGUUCCCUUAAGUAUGAAUGAACAAGUAGAACAAGUAGACUCUUGAAGCUGGGAUUUGGUUGUGUUAUCUUAUCCAUGGAUGGUGCUUAAAUCCCUGUUAUGCAUGCAAAUGAUCAACUGGGUACUAGACAAUUUCCUUCCUUUUUUGCUGCAGAAAAAGCAUUUACAGUUUCUGUGGUUAAGGACACUUGUGUUUGCUCAUUUGAACUGGAAUUCUUCUUGCACUGGAAUAAGAACUCAAUUCAAUAUCUUA